UGCAUGGCUUCGAUCCCACUUCCUUAUCCCAUAAUCCCUCCAUAUUUAUAGAGCUACCUGCGUUCAUCAUCUCCAUCAAACACAAGAUCAAGCAAAAAAAUAAUUUCUGCGUUAUUAGAAAAAGGCCAUGGAGUUGAAAAGCAAGGUUUUCGUGGUUUUAUUGCUGUUGUCUGCUUUUGUUCUGAGUGCUUUUGCGGCCUCUGUGGUUUUGGAAGAUCCGGAACUGAAGCAGUGCCAGCACCAGUGCAAACACCAGCGAGGGUUUGAUGAGAGGCAGAAGCAACAGUGCGAGAGGAAGUGCGAGGACUACAUUAAGCAGAAGAGGGAGCAGGAGGAGCAGCGGCGGAGGUCGGAAGGCGGAGGAGGAAGAGGAGGAGAAGGGGGAAGUUUUUACACAGGAGAGAGAGAGGAGUUCGAGGGGCGAGGGCAACAACAACACCAACAACAACAAGGAGACGAGAAUCCUUACUUCUUCGAAGACCAGCAUUUCGAGACGAGAAUUCAAACCGAGGAAGGUAGUGUUCAGGUUCUGCAGAAAUUCAACGAAAGGUCUGAUCUUCUGCGUGGGAUUGAGAACUUUCGAGUCGGGUUUCUUGUCACGGAGCCUCAUGCAUUCGUUUCUCCGACUCAUCUUGAUGCGGAUAGUAUCCUAUUUGUUUUCCAAGGCGGACCAACAAUUACUAUGGUGAGGGGGGAGAAGAAAGAGAGCCACAAUCUUGAACGUGGAGAUCUCUUUAGGAUUCCAGCAGGCACCCCAUUUUAUGUGCUCAAUAGAGACGAGAAUGAAAAGCUCCAUAUUGUCGAACUCUUCAAAACAGUCUCUACGCCCGGAGAGUACGCGUCGUUUCACUCAUCCGGAGGCCAAGACCCCGAAUCCUUUUUCAGAGCAUUCAGCCCCGAAGUUCUCCAAGCCGCUUUUAAGACGGAUAGGAAUAAGUUGGAUAGGCUAUUUGGGCAGCAGAGGCGAGGCAGCAUCAUAAGGGCCUCCAAAGAACAAGUACAGAGAAUGAGCCAGCAGCAUGGUCACGGUGGCGGCGAAGGCAUUUGGCCGUUGCCCUUCCAUGGCGGUGAUGAAUCAUCUUCAAAAGAUUCAUUCAAUCUUUUCAAGAAGCAUCCUUCUCAUGAAAACAAAUUCGGCCGUCUCUUUGAAGCCGAUUUCAACGACUUCAAGCAGCUUCAGGAGUUUAACCUCGUCGUCUCAUUUGCUAACAUCACCCGGGGUGGAAUGGCCGGUCCAUAUUUCAACUCAAGGGCUACGAAGAUAUCAGUUGUGCUAGAUGGCGAAGGCUACUUUGAAAUGGCAUGUCCACAUGUUGAGUCAAGGGGUAGACAAAGUCAGUCCAGUGGAAGGUCACAGCAGAGACAAAAGAGCAGCCCAACUUACCAAAAGAUGAGCGGAGACUUGCGACGCGGAGCGGUGUUCGUUGCCCCCGCCGGCCAUCCUGUCACAACCAUUGCCUCAAGGAACAACAACCUCCAAGUCCUCUGCUUCGAGGUCAACGCUCAUGACAACAUCAGGUUCCCACUGGUAGGGAAGAACAAUGUGGUGAGCCAGUUCGACAGGCAAGCCAAGGAGCUGUCGUUUAAUGUGCCGGCGAGUGAGGUGGAAAGUAUUUUCAACAACCAGAAAGAUGAACUGUUUUUCGAAGGACCAAAUGAUCAGCUUGAGCAUGGCCGGGCUCAUGCAUAAAAGUUGAGGUUUUGUGAGAACUAAGAAGCUCUAAGGAGGAGAAGGUUGCAGUUUUGUGGCACUGACAUGAUGUGUAUAUUACAACAUGGUCAACCAAUGUAAAUUUUGGUUGUAAUCUUAAAUAAAAGAUCAUGACUCACAUGCAUGCUAACUAAAUGUUGUAAACUUCGGGUCGUAUCCUUAAAUAAGAGAAUGACUUCUGCAGCCAACGUCUUGUGGAUUAUUUUUUAAUUUUUAUUUAUUUAUAUAUAUAUAUAUAUUUUUUUUUUUUGCUUACUGUGAUUAUACUUAGGUUAUAGAUUAAGUUUUCAGUUUUAAUUUAGAUAAAUUUUAGUGUAAAUGAUCGUUUAUAUAAAACAUAUACAGCUUUUUGUCAUGCUGAAAUAGAUACGUAACAAUACGACGCUUAUGUGCUCACGUUAGCAUUCACAAACGCUUUAAGGUAUCGCAGUAUCUAACCUUAAGACCCACUCCUCCUACCAGGCAUGAUAAAGUAGCUUCCAUGGCCAGACAACAUAACUAACCGCACUUGC